AUGUCUAACCUGCACGACCUCUACCAGGAUAUACUGCUAGAGCACAACAAUCGGCCCCGCAACUUCCGCAAGCUGGAGGACGCCAACCGGCAGGCCGACGGCUACAAUCCUCUAUGCGGCGACCAGAUUACCCUCUACCUGAAGGUGGAGGACGAUGUGAUUACCGACGUGGCCUUUCAGGGCGUGGGCUGCGCCAUCUCCCGGGCCUCGGCUUCCAUGCUGACCCAGACAGUCAAGGGUCAGACCCUGGCCAAGGCGGAAGAGAUUUUCGACGGGUUCCACUCCCUGAUAACCGACCCGGACGCCGACGUGGACUACGAAGCCCUGGGCGACCUGGAAGUGCUGUCCGGCGUCUCCGCCUUCCCCACCCGCAUCAAGUGCGCCGUGCUGGCCUGGCACACCUUCAACGCCGCUAUCGAAGGCAAGGACGACUCGAUAACGACGGAGUAG